GGAAAAGCCAAAACUUACAUCUGAACUGACCAGCCUCCAGUGAGUGACCAUGGCUGAGUAUCAGGUAGAGGUGUUGACAGGUGAUAUGGAAUAUGCUGGAACAAGAGACCAUAUCUAUGUGACCUUAACUGGAGCUGAUGGGAAAAGUGAGCGAACGGAGUUGGACAACUUUGGCCUGGACUUCAGGACUGGGGAUACAGCGACCUACACUAUCAAAACCAACUCGUCUUUGGGAAAACUUCUGUUGAUCAAGUUGGAAAAAGAAGCCAAUACUCUUCUAGUCAUGGAAGAUGAGUGGUACUGCUCCAAAAUAGUGGUGAAGACUCCAGAAGGAGAUGCCAUCCUUUUCCCCUGUCACUUAUGGAUGUCCAGGGGUGAAGUGGUGGAGCUGAGAGGAGGAAAAGCUACUAAGGUUUUCGAGGACGACCACCCUGCAUUGGUCGACCACCGGAAACAGGAACUGAUCCAGAAGAAGAACACCUUCCAAUGGAGGGUUUUGGAUGAAGGAAUACCCCACAUCAACCAUUACAAAGAAGUGGCAGAGCUCCCAGCUGAAAUCCGCUUCUCUAAGUCCAAAUCAAGUGAGAUACUGCACACAAAAAUAAAAAGUGGAAUCGAACUCAUGUUGAAGGGAAUGCUUGGAUCUGCUGAAAACUGGGAAACCAUUGACGACAUGAAAAAAAUCUUUUGGCUCAAGAAAACACCAAUGUCAGAGUAUGUAACAGAGCACUGGAAAGAUGACGAUUUCUUUGGAUCCCAGUUUCUAAACGCCAUCAACCCAAAAGUGAUCAAGCGCUGCUCAGAGCUUCCACCAAACUUUCCGGUCACAGAUAAGAUGGUGCAGCCGUUCCUGGAGAAAGGAAGCUCUCUGCAGAAGGAAAUGGAGAAAGGCAAUAUAUUCCUCUAUGACCAGAAGAUGAUGGAUGGAAUAUCCCCUAGACUCCAGGAUGGUAAACCUCUGCAUGUGACUCCUUGCAUCUGUCUGCUCUAUUCAAACCCAGAAAAGAAACUGAUGCCAAUAGCAAUACAGCUGCAUCAACAACCCUCUGAGACAAACCCCAUUUUUCUGCCCAGUGACUCGGAGACGGACUGGCUCCUGGCCAAGAUGUUUGUUAAAAACGCAGAUUUAAUGGAUCAUCAGGCGGUCCACCACCUCAUGAACACCCAUUUCCUUGCAGAGGCCUAUUGUGUUGCAACUCACCGCUGCCUCCCUGUGGUUCAUCCAAUUUACAAGCUGCUGAUCCCACAUUUCCGGUACACUCUCCCUAUCAACACCGGAGGGCGCUUAAAUCUCUUUGGACCUGAAGGAGCUUUGAGCAUCAGCUCACUUGGAUACGAGGGUCUGAUGGAGCUGAUGAGAAGGGGUUUAUCUGCAGUGACGUUCAGCGCCCUUUGUCUGCCAUACAACAUCACUUCAAGAGGACUAGAGUCUGUCCCGAACUUCUACUUCAGAGAUGAUGGGCUGAAGCUGUGGGGCAUUGUCAACAGUUACGUCAAGGCUAUGGUCGAGUUCUACUACCCCUCAGAUGACGAUGUGCGGAAAGACUCUGAGCUCCAGGACUGGAUCAGUGAGAUAUUCACCCAUGGCGUCUUGGGAAAGAAGGAAUCAGAGUUCCCAGAAAGCUUCAGUACUGUGGAGGAACUGGUCCGCUUUCUCACCAUGGUGGUCUUUACUGUAACAGGUCGACAUGCUGCGCUCAAUGAUGGUCAGUUCGACUACCACUCCUGGGUGCCUAAUGGAUCACUACUCCUGAUGAAACCUCCUCCAACCUCUAAGGGCCAGUCCAGCAUGAAGACGGUCAUGGAGACCCUCCCAAAUUUAGGAGACACAGUCAGCUUCGCAGCCCUGGCCUGGGUGCUUUCACAAACAUACUCAGAUACUGUCACCAUAGGUCAGUUCCCUGAAGAACGAUUUGAUGAGCCUGUCCCCAAGCAGAUAAUCAAGGAGUUUCAGGCUGAAUUGUCGUACCUUUCCGAAGCCAUUUCUAGCAGAAACUCACAGCUUGAAGUCCCCUACAUUUAUCUGAACCCUAAUCGGGUACAGAACAGCAUAACCAUUUAAAUACAUAUGAGAAAGUCCACAUAUAUUUACCUUUGCAUGCAGGUACAUGUGUUGAAUUUAUAAAACCCAUAAUAACUGAGGUGGUAGAGGCUGUUAAUGUGAUUUUGCAUUCUGUGGGAUGAAAUUCUUGUAAUUUGUGUGUGAAGAACUACAUUAAGGUCAACUGUAUUGUUUGAAGUACUUUACAAUUAUCUGACAAAGGCUACGUUCAGACAGCAGGUCUUAAUGCACAAUUUGGAUUUUUUGGUGAAAUCCGAUUUUUUUGUGUGUUUGUUCAUAUUACACAUUAAAUGCGACUUCUAUCAGUUUUGUGUUUGAACUGAAUGUGACCCUGAGGUGACCAAUAUACGCAAAAAAGGUGCUGAUGUAAUACAUGACCACACAGACACACACUGUUUUUUUUGUGCUGCUCCUCCACCUGGGACGCAGAAUUGUGACGUUUGUCGCAUUUCACCUUUAACGUAAAGAUCAGAUAAAUGCGACCUAGCCAUUCAGACUGAGGUCGCAUUGUAAAAUAUCAGAAAUGCAUAUGGAUUUAGGACCACAUAUGAAAGUAGCCUGAGAGUGGAUUUCAGCUGUUCAAACUAUCUUUAACAGAUUGGCUAUAGGUCACAUAUGGGCAAAA